AUGGGCCUUUUUUCACGACGCACUCACGGGCCAGCAACAAAUGGCCAGACUACCAACGGUCAUACUCAUCGUCGUGGAAAUCGAAACCGUGGGCCAGCUUUUGACAUUGACUCGGGCGACUUCAACCGCAGACCGAGCUUCGGGCAAUGGCUCAAGUUCACAUGGUUGGAUAUCUUGACCAUGGCCGCAAUGGGCGCCAUCGGCCUCGGAGUCUAUGAAGCCAAACCUGCCCCUAGCCGAUCCUUUCCAGUGACCUUUUCAGAUGGAGAAAUCGUCUAUCCCGAGUUCGCCUAUCCCCUGCGCCAUGAAAUCGUUCCGAUUUGGCUUGCCGCUCUUCUUGCCUCUUUGAUCCCAAUCUUCAUCAUCCUGUGCAUGCAGAUUCGCAUUCGCUCUUUCUGGGAUGCCAACAAUGCAAUCAUCGGUCUCUUGUACUCUCUCAUCGGAGCGGCAGUAUUUCAAGUGUUCAUCAAAUGGCUCAUUGGCGGAUUGCGACCCCAUUUCUUGAGCGUCUGUGAUCCAGAUCCGGCGUUGAUGGCUUCUCACCCUGGCCGAGGCUUCGAAGAUAUCAUGUUCCAGAGAAACAUCUGCCGGGGAGACCCCGACCAGAUUGAUGACUCGCUCGAGUCCAUGCCAUCCGGCCACACCACCGCCGCAUUUGGUGGCUUUCUCUACCUCUACUUUUACCUCAACGCCAAAUUGAAGGUCUUCAGCAACCACCAACCAGCAUUCUGGAAACUCAUUGCAACCUAUGCUCCAUUGCUCGGUGCUUGUCUGAUCGGCGGCGCCCUUACAAUUGACGAAUAUCACAAUUGGUACGAUGUCUUCGCCGGCGCUGUUAUUGGAUCUGUCUUCGCUAUUUCAAGCUAUCGCAUGGUCUAUGCCUCUGUCUGGGACUUCAGAUUCAACCACAUUCCCUUGACUCGUCAUACUCCAUUCUCCUACGGAGCAGGUGCUGCUGGCGCGGGAGGGUUUGAAAGUGCGGUCUUCACCAGGCAGGCUGGGUGGGGAUACGGAGAGCAUUAUGGCGGUGCACCCUUUGAUGCUGCCCAUGGUCUUAGAGGGCAGGCGGCUGGGUUCAACACUGGCGCAGUCCAUCACGAUCGUUACCUUAACAAGAGCGAAGGAGAUGUGGAGCGAGACGCUGGUCUCCAUCACACGACCGGCACCACGAAUGGCUAUGGGAAUGGCACUUCAUCUGUGAGAGAUCCUCCGGCUGCCGUGACCAAUGGUACGAAUAGCUACGGCCGGAAGAGCUUGGAGCGCAAACCUGUCCCUACUUCAGCAUGA